CUAACUUACCACUGACACUUCAGUUUUUAUAAAAGUUAAAUGAAUUUUUGGUGAAAUUUAGUAUUUUGAUGCAAUUUAUUGGAUGAAAAUCUACCAAAAUAAAACUUAACAAUUCAAGAAUGUCCACUGGAUACGAUUACUUAAUUAAGUUUCUGUUCCUGGGUGACUCUGGUGUUGGGAAAACAAGUUUUCUAAUCCGCUACACUGAUGGAAAUUUCGCUUCAAAAUUUGUUUCAACAGUAGGAAUAGAUUUUCGACUCAAGAGGGUGGUAUAUAAAACUCAAGGAAGGAGUCAAAUUGUGAAUCUUCAGUUGUGGGAUACAGCAGGCCAGGAACGAUUCCGUAGCAUUACCACUGCCUACUACAAGGAUGCAAUGGGCUUUUUACUGCUCUUUGAUCUGACUAAUGAACAGUCAUUCUUGGAAGUCCGUAAUUGGCUAGAACUUCUCAAGAUCCAUGCAUAUUGUGAAAAACCAGAUGUCAUACUUUGUGGCAACAAAGCAGAUUUGGUGGAUAAGAGAGUCAUUCCUGAGGAACGAGCUAAAGAGUUGGCUGCACGAUACGGGUUGGAGUACAUGGAGACGAGUGCAGAGUCUGGAUUGAAUGUAAACCGAGCUGUGGACAAUCUUCUGGAGAUGGUUAUGUGUCGUAUGGAACGAGGGGUAGAUGAGGCCAUGACACGGUACUUGGGACGACCGGCAGACAGUGUGACAGUUGGUAGCACUUCUCGAGGCGGAGUCACUCCUCCUGAACAAAGUGUUUGUCGAUGUUAGCGGCGGCCAGGCUCCCCAGACAGGAGCCCCUCCUAAGUUAGCAGUCUUUUAUAGUGAACAAAUGGUAAAUAUUUUGUUGUGGUUUUACUUUUAGAUGCAAUAACAUAUUGUAACUUGCAGAUCACCAUUUUUAACAUAUAUGGCUAUUUUUAAAGCAAAAAGCCUUUUUCUUAGGAGUACAUUAUAGAAGAAGAAAUGGAUACACAACUAACUCAAAGAAAAUAGUUCUAGGUAGUGUACAGCACACACAAUUAGUUUGAUAUUUUGCCACUACAAGAAUAUUUUGGCCUCUUCACAAAGAAGCAUGAUUCUACUACCUCGUUCACGUUUUACUAUUCCCUUUUUUGUGGAAUUUGAAGUUAGUUUUGUAUCUUCUUACUUCAUGAAUUUUAAACAUGUAAUGACAGAUAAGAUUUUAUAUGUGUAUGAACUAUAAAACAAGUACAAGCUUGCAAGUAUUUGUUUGUAAUUCGGCUAAGAUUUCAGUUGUUUUCUGUGAGCAUAUCUGACCAUUACUGCUAGAAAAAAAGAAGACAAUCUCAUUCUUUCUUGUAGGUUUUUAGGUUUCCAGACUAAAGUUCCUGUAACAUUUGUCUCUAAGAUAACAUUAAAAUGGUAUUUUACCCUAUAUCUUUCUACUAAUAAGAUGGCUUUUGUUUGAUAAAAGCAGUUAAAUCAACCACUCUAGUCACUAUGUCUCAGGGAGAAAAAAUAGAGACAAAUACACAGUACGCCAAUCUGUAAUGGAAACAAGGCGAAUGGGACUGUAAAAAAAGUACUUAAAGACUACUUUUGGAAAAAAACUUUAGUAGAACUUAAUAUUCAAAAUCCAGUUAUUUAAAUGUAACAGUGAUUCUGUCUUAGUUACUUGGAAUUGUAUGUUCAGUAAACUAAUCCCAUAACAUUUACAGAAAAUAUCAGAUUAAUUUUCAAAUCCACUUUCAAUUCUUUAAUUAUUAGUAACUCUUGAUAUAUAUACAUAUUCUUAAUGUAUCUGGAUGGGACUGUGACAAAGGUAAAACAUAUCAAAAUCAAAAUAUCUUGAAUUCUGAUUAGUAAAACAUAUUAUCACACAAAGUGUUAGGCCUACUCAAUUAAUAUUACAACUUUCAUGUUCAGCAAAAUACAAUAUUUAUUUAUCCAAAGAGGAUAAAAGCUGGCACAACAAUUUGACUGCAUAGCUAUUGUAACCUUAUGGGAAUUUAACCUCAAAAUAUAAUAUGCAACAACCUUUCAAAAUGGUAUUGUUAUUUAUUUACGAAUCAUAGCAUAAUCUAUAAUUAACAAACCUCAAAUGCUAGACAAAUUUCUUGUCAAACAAUGUUUUAUCUAUCACUUCAAUAUCCAUGAGUUAAAAUUAAUGUUUCUAUGUUGUUGUAAUCAGUGUAUAUAGAUCUUAAUCAAAGUUGUUUUCGGUUUGCAAAGGAGUGUUUUAGGGAGUGUUUGAUAUUGUAAAACAAUGUGUUUCCGGUUUACAACCAUUUGAUUUUUAUAAUACAGGGACUAUAUUUUCCAAUUUGAUCAAGCAUGUGUUGGGGGAUGGCUUGUUUAUUUUACAUACUUUUAUUAAAUAUUUCAAGCAAGGAUGGUAAAAGUAACAAAUAUUUAACGCUACAGAUUGUGGAAAAAUACGUGAAAAAUGUAUAUAAAAAGAAAUUGGAAACUUACUUAUACUUUUAUAAAACCCAUAAAGUUUGUACAGAAGUUUUGGAAAUAGUUAAAUUUUAUGGUUUAAUGGUUGUGCAGUUUAUGGACCAUUAAAACUAUCAAUUGAUUCAACAUAAACAGUUAAUAGCUUCUAAAUUUAACUCGGUAUCUUGGUAAUGUUUUGUUAGGCCAGAGUUUUCCAAUUCCCUUUACAAACUAAGGUAAAAUCAAAGACUAUAUUUUAUUUGGUAGCCAACAUAUUUAUAAAUUAGGAGUUUCACCAUUAUAGGGGUAGCUCAUGUUUAACACCUAUAUUUUCACAAAUGAUUGUGUCAGUUAUAGAUCUUAAGGUUUGCUUGUAUUGCAGUGCAAGGUCAAAAGUAAUGAGUAUAACUGACAUAAUUGAUUCAAUGGGAAAAGAAAACAGGAUACUUGUUACUGUAUAUUUACCUUGUCCUGCCAUAGUGCAACCAAAUAAAAAAAAACUAACAAGAUCUAAAUACUGCAAAUAUACUACAACUAGUGGUACUAUUUUUGUAAAGCCAUUUUUGAAGGACGUAUUAUAGAGUAGUAAACAUAUUGCCAGAAAUAUAUAACAGAUUUUUAUUGCAGUAAUAAAUUCACAGGUUGAUCUUCAUAAUUUUGUAAUGUUUAUUCCAAAAAUAUUUUUUUAUUCUGAGGUUUUUAUCGAAACAAAAGUUGGCUCUGUUAUUGCUGUUGUAUAUUGUUUAAUAGUUCAAGAAUUACUUAUUAGUAACAGUAAAGUAGUUUAUUGAAUGUUACAUUGCAUGUAUUAAUUUUACUAAUAUUGUUAUGAUAGUAAUGUCAUAUUGGGGCCAUAUUAAAAUAGAUAGUAUAUAUACAUUUUACAAUUCCGUCAGUUUGAACCGCAAAUUGCUGACUUUAGUUGUUAAGUCAUUAUUAUUAUUCGUCAGGACAUUGGUGUUCCAUUGUAGGUGUUAGCCUCCUGAUUGCCAAAUAAUAUUAAAAAAGGUUCAAAUACCUGCUACUAGGCAAAUGUUGUAACAAUGUGGCAAUGUUGUAAACAAAACUGGUUUUGAGUCAGGACUCAAACUCCGCCGGGUUAGCGUCGUCUGUUUCUUAACUGAUUAGUUACCACAAAUGUCUCGUAUUCGUGUUUGUGUCGUGUUUAAAUGUCUAUUUAUUAUUUUCGUGUAAUCAAUAUUCGUAUGAAGAAAGAAAACCGUCCUUGUACAGCCUGAUGAUGGUGCCACACAGCACCGAAACUAGUUGUGUUUACAACAACAUUAGAUUGCCUAAAAGCAGGUAUUUGAACCUUAUUUAAUAUUGGUAUUCCAAUCGAACUAUCUUCUCGUUGUAUCUAUAUCAUCAAAUACCCACAUAAAAAAAUUGAAUCUUGGAAAUAUCGUGGAAUUUAAAGUUAUUAUAGAUACGCGUAAUAUUUGUUUCCUACCACUGCAUGAAAAUGAUCACAUUGCCAUACCUGUAAACAGUAUUCAAAAUAGCUCAUUGCCGCUCUAGAGUAGGAAUGGAACAUUCCCGCUCGCUAAUCAGCUGAUUUCAAAGUUAGCGUUUCUACACCAACCACAGUCGCAUAUCCGGUACAUUAGUUAACAACCAUAAGUAAAUAAAAGCAAAUAAUAUAACCUUAAAAAAGCAAACAUAACCUAUAUGGCAUUUUAUAUACAUCUAAAAAGUAAAUCUGUGUGUUAUUAUAAGUUAACUAUGGUGGUAGGAAAAAUCUUGUGUGUAUUACGAGACGAGCACAAACAGUCCUUGCCGUUCUCAAAGUUUUUGGCUAAAGCUAAAGCUUUGUGUGGCCAUCUACAGUUCUCAAGCGGCAAUGACGUACAUUGCGCUCUUAAUUACACAAAUAGCUAUUUUCAAGUUUUUAACCUCCUUGUUUUUAGAUUAUUAACAACUUGAUGUUCUUGAAUCAUUUUUUUAUUUUAUUUUUUUUCAUAAACAGGACGAGUGUGUUUAAAUACCAAUAAUUAUUAGUAUAAUAGGGGGUAUUGAUAGAACAGUACCUAACUUAUCUAUGAGAUGAUUCAAAUUUUCUGAACCAAUCAUACCCAAUUUCAAUUUCAAAUCACGUCAUAAUUUCAAUUUCAUCGUGUCAAUUCUAAAUGCCUGUGGCAGUGAUAAAAAUAAGUUUAUUAUGUAAUUGUUUAUAAAAUAUGCUCAAAACAUUAUCUGAAAGUGGUGAAUCUCACGUACAUCAAUAUUCUCCAAUAGUCACAGCUUUGAGCUUGGAACUCAUGACAUUUAAAAAUAAAUUACAUAGAUCAUCAAUUUAAGGUAGUAAAACCAACACCAAUAGGGAUUUUAAGUAAUUUGAAUCACCCCUAUCAUAAGGGUGGGAGUAAAACCAACUAAAAUAAUUAGUUGACCCAGUAUUUUAGUGCAUAUUUCAUGGAUCUUAUACGCAUUGUUUACAUUUUUUAAUUUUAUUAUCUUUGUAAUUGUGUUGUGUGAUUCUUGUUUUGUGUUAGGCUUAGGCCUACUUUUGAUUCGGUUUUAUAUACUGUAUUCAAAAUUCUCUUCUAAUUGUUGAUUUGCUUUGUAGAUCUUUUGAACCUCAAUGUUAUUUUGUUAAUCCAGAGAUUGAGCGAAUCCAAGAACAACCAGUGAUUGAGCAAAUAAGGCAAGGUAUAAAUAAAUAUACUUGUGAAACUAAGUGUUUGAAUGACGUAAGUUCAGUUCACCUAAGUAUGUUGCUAUGUCAUGUAUUAGAAUAAUUAUAAUCAGGGUAUACACCAUGUAUUUGAUUGGAAUUGAAUAAAGCUUUACAAAAUAAUUGAUUACCUCUUUGGACAAUCAGUAGAGUUGUGUACCAAGGUUAAAAUAUAUAAUGUUUUGAAAA